AUGGAUUCCCUCUCAUCACCUUUCCAAAGAGACAAAGACAGCUCUGUUUUACAAGGCGACAAUGUUUUGGUGCGUAAAGGSCCCCGUCGCAAAAGAGAGUUCAUCCCAGAGGAGAGGAAGGACGAUCUCUACUGGGAGAAGCGCCGUAAAAACAACGAGGCAGCCAAACGGUCACGAGAAAAGAGAAGGUUGAACGACUACGCCCUGGAGACUCAUCUCAUGGCUCUGAAAGAAGAAAACGCCAGGCUCUGUGCGGAAUUGAUGGCCAUCAAGCUUCACUUUGGUCUAGUCCACAGUGCAGCCUUUACAGAUCAACAAAGUAACCACCAUACCCUGAGCAGUAGCCGACCCACGACCGCCCCCGACGUCUAUCACCAAUCUCUGCAAAGGAACUACCACUCUAUGAUACCAAAUCAGCAAUCUUCUCAACCAUUUAUAGUCCCUGCAUACUCCCUCCAUUCCAUGAGAGGUUAUUCCUACCUGAAUGCAUUUGGCCCUGCCGGAUCUGGCUUCAUCUCUCCUCUCGUCCUCCCACGCAACUUCCUACCAACAUAUUUGACUGAUCCGGGCACUCCUGUUCUGAAGCCCAUUCCCACCAGAGGAGCUUCAGAUGAAGAAGAAGAGCAGCAGGUACCGAGGCAGCUGUACUGCUCUGCCGCUCAAUAUCCAAAAAUCAGCACCAGAAGAGACAAGAAUCCUUCUCCGCAAAGUCACUACAUCUCUGACUGACAAAGACUGAAGGGUUUUUGACGUUU